UGCGUGGUGGCCGCCUCUGGGCAACUGGACUCGGGCGGCCAAACCUCUGGAAGCCGGGGGCGGCUGGCCGGCCUCUAGCAGAUCCCGGAUCCGGAAUUUCCCGGACAGGACCGGAAUCGGGGGCGGCCGUGGCCCAAACCUAGUUUGCGAGGAGCUCGCGAACUUGGCCUGGGAAAUCCCGGAACCGGAACGGCGAAGCCCAGAACCCGGAAUUCAGGUCGGAAAGGCGCGGAGCGGACUCCACGCGAAGCCCGGAGCCCGGAUCGCCGCACCGCCGGACGGGACGGAGCGAUGUCGGGCCGUGGCGCGGGCGGGUUCCCGCUGCCCCCGCUCAGCCCCGGCGGCGGCGCCGUGGCCGCGGCCCUGGGGGCGCCGCCUCCGCCCGCGGGUCCCGGCAUGCUGCCGGUGCCGGCGCUGAGGGGGCCGGGGCCGGCCGGCGGCGUGGUGGGUCCCGGCGCCGCCGCCUUCCGCCCCAUGGGCCCCGCGGGGCCCGCGGCGCAAUACCAGCGGCCUGGCAUGUCACCUGGGAGCCGCAUGCCCAUGGCUGGCCUGCAGGUGGGACUCCCUGCCGGCGCCCCGUUUGGUGCAGCUGCUCCACUCCGACCUGGCAUGCCACCCACCAUGAUGGACCCAUUCCGAAAACGCCUGCUCGUGCCCCAGGCCCAGCCCCCGAUGCCCGCCCAGCGCCGGGGGCUGAAAAGGAGGAAGAUGGCAGACAAGGUUCUACCUCAGCGCAUUCGGGAGCUUGUCCCAGAGUCUCAGGCAUACAUGGACCUCUUGGCUUUUGAGAGGAAGCUGGACCAGACCAUUGCUCGAAAGCGGAUGGAGAUCCAGGAGGCCAUCAAAAAGCCUCUGACGCAAAAACGGAAACUGCGGAUCUAUAUUUCCAACACGUUCAGUCCCAGCAAGGUGGAAGGUGACAGCGCAGGAACUGCAGGGACCCCCGGGGGAACCCCAGCAGGGGACAAGGUGGCUUCCUGGGAGCUCCGAGUGGAGGGGAAACUGCUGGAUGACCCUAGCAAACAGAAGAGGAAGUUUUCUUCCUUCUUUAAGAGCCUCGUCAUCGAGCUAGACAAGGAACUCUACGGGCCUGACAAUCACCUGGUGGAGUGGCACCGGAUGCCCACCACCCAGGAGACGGAUGGCUUCCAGGUGAAGAGACCGGGAGACCUCAAUGUGAAGUGCACCCUCCUGCUCAUGCUGGACCAUCAGCCUCCGCAGUACAAACUGGACCCCCGACUGGCAAGGCUGCUGGGGGUGCACACCCAGACGAGGGCGGCCAUCAUGCAGGCCCUGUGGCUGUACAUCAAACACAACCAGCUGCAGGACGGCCACGAGCGCGAGUACAUCAACUGCAACCGUUACUUCCGCCAGAUCUUCAGUUGCGGCCGUCUUCGUUUCUCGGAGAUUCCCAUGAAGCUGGCCGGGUUGCUGCAGCAUCCAGACCCCAUCGUCAUCAAUCACGUCAUUAGUGUGGACCCCAAUGACCAGAAGAAGACAGCCUGUUAUGACAUUGAUGUGGAGGUAGACGACCCCCUCAAGGCCCAGAUGAGCAAUUUCCUGGCCUCUACCACCAAUCAGCAAGAGAUUGCCUCCCUGGACGUCAAGAUCCACGAGACCAUUGAGUCCAUCAACCAGCUGAAGACCCAGAGGGACUUUAUGCUCAGCUUCAGCACUGACCCCCAGGACUUUAUCCAGGAAUGGCUCCGUUCCCAGCGCCGAGACCUCAAGAUCAUCACUGAUGUCAUCGGGAACCCCGAGGAGGAGAGGCGAGCCGCUUUCUAUCACCAGCCUUGGGCCCAGGAAGCCGUGGGGAGACACAUCUUUGCUAAGGUGCAGCAGCGAAGGCAGGAACUGGAACAGGUGCUGGGAAUUCGCCUGACCUAACUGCUCAGGGACCCCUGCCUUCCCGCUCAGCCUGGAAGGGGUCCACCCUCUGGGGCCACAGAUGCAUAGGACAAGGAUGGGGUGAGGGCUGUCUCCCAUCACCCUCUGCCCCCCAGCUUUAGUUUCAUACACGUAGUGAUAGGAUUCCCUGUUGCUUGGUCCCUGAAGCCUUAUUAGUUACUUUGCAGUCGGCUUUAAUUGGGUUCACACCAGCUGCCUCCUUGCCCCCGACAGGCAGGCCCAGGUGGGACUCCUGGAGGCUGUGCUUGGGCUGGAUCAGCCGCUUCCGAACCAAAAGCCACUGGCUUUGCUUGUUUACAGAUUCCCCUCCGGGGCUGGGGAGCUGGGCAGAGGAAGAGGGCGCAGCUCGUGUUCUUCCUGGCCUUUCUAAAACCAAAGUUCUUUGCCAUUCCUACAAGUCCAGCCUUGCUGCUGGUUUUUUUUCUUUUCCUUUGGGAUUUGCACUAUGUGGGGAACAGGUUUUUCUAUGCGGGAGCCACUUUUUUUGUACAGGGGUGAGUUGGGUUUUUUCAGGGAGCCCUGUUUGGUGCCUCCGUCUUGGUUUUCUUUCCUCAACUAUGCAAGCGGCUAUAGCCGCCAUCAUCUCCUGGGGUGCCGGAGGGCUGCUCCCCAGCUUCUUGGGUCCAGGGUGGGAAAACCUCAAAAGGAGGAGCCCCAGUUCUUGAGCAUGGCCCAAGCUGUGGGUGUGCGAGCUGGUGGCGGGCAAGGGGAGCCCACGGUGGGGAGGUGGCAGGACUGUCACUGCCUGGCCGAGUGUGGUGAGGCAUGUGGGCCCAGGGCAUGGCAAGGGCCACUUCUGGCAGGUUUGGAAAUUCCAAAUAAACCUUUUGUUUAUGAACGGUA